UUUUCAGGCAGGUUCUCACUCUGUCACCCAGGCUGGAGUUCAGUGGCUGGAUCUCGGCUCACUGCAGCCGCCACCUCCUGGCUCGGGUGAUCCAGCUCAGCCUGAUCGCUAGCAGCACAGGCCACCGGGCUGGUUUUUAAGUAUUGUUUUGUCGAGACGGAGUUUCACACGUUGCCCUGGCUGGUCUUGAACUCCUGGACUCAUGCGAUCCGCCUGCCUCGGCCUCCCAACGGGCUGGGAUUACACGCACGAGCCACCUCGCCUGGCCUGAACCCCCUAUUUAAUGUCAGAAAUUUGAUUCGACUUUACAGAGAAAUUCCUGAGAAACUCCCCAGAACGGGGUCCCUGGAGCCUUUGGAGCGUAAUGUUAAGCUGGCAGGGCUGUUGCAGCCCUCGCAGGACUCCCCUGUGGAGGAUUCGCCCCUUUGGUGACUCAUUGGUUCUGCCCGUUUUCGGACCCUCUGAGCUUUCAGCAGGGGGAGGAAGGCAGAGAGAGAGCUGAUAUUCUUGGUCCAUGCCAGUACUGCUGAAGCCAUGAUAGGACUUUCAGUUCCCUUUCUUGGUGGAGGCCAGCACAGGGGAGAGUGGGUGCUGACACGUGCUAGAAGCUGGAAGGCUGCUGGGGGCUGGCAGGCUCUCGAGACGGGAGGUUUCCAGAUAGGACAGGGGCAGACCCCUCCUCCUGUAGAGAGUGGUGCCGCCGUCCCCGGGAUGUACAUGCAGGUGGAGACCCGCACCAGCGCCCGCCUCCAUCUGAAGAGGGCUCCAGGUAUCCGGUCCUGGUCCCUGCUGGUUGGAAUCUUGUCGAUUGGCCUGGCUGCUGCCUACUACAGUGGAGAUACCCUGGGCUGGAAGCUCUUCUAUGUCACAGGCUGCCUGUUCGUGGCUGUGCAGAACUUGGAGGACUGGGAGGAAGCCGUCUUUGACAAGAGCACAGGGAAGGUUGUUUUGAAGACGUUCAGCCUCUAUAAGAAACUGCUGACUCUCUUCAGAGCAGGCCAUGACCAGGUGGUGGUCCUGCUGCAGGAUGUGCGUGACGUGAGCGUGGAGGAGGAGAAGGUCCGGUACUUCGGGAAGGGCUACGUGGUGGUGCUCCGGCUAGCGACAGGCUUCUCCCACCCCCUCACCCAGAGCGCAGUCAUGGGUCACCGCAGUGACGUAGAAGCUGUUGCCAAGCUCAUCACCAGCUUCCUGGAGCUGCACUGCCUUGAGAGCCCCACGGAGAUGUCUCAGAGCAGUGACAGUGAGGCCGGUGACCCUGGGAGCCAGAGCUGACAGCCCCCGUGUGCCUGCGCCUGAGCACCGCCCACAGAGCCCUUGGCCCUGGUCGGCACCCCCAGCUGAGUCGGCCUCUCGCCUGCUCCUCCUGCCGCAUUCACACUGCGUGAAACAGCAAGCUGGACCUUCUCUGAGGGGCUGGGCGGGGACUCUUGGUGUGGGAAGGGGGCUCCGAAGUCAGCGAGUCCUCCG